AUGCCGACGACGAUCAAAGAAGCCAUUCAAAAAUGGGAAGAAAGGACUGGAAACAAGGCAUCGGAAGCAACGAGAGUUGAACUUUGGAACCAAACCCCUUUUAUCGAAAAAAUGGAUUCCUCGUUGAACGUUUUAAUAAAAUGCGAGAGGUUGUCCUUAUCAACAAAUGCCAUAGACAAAAUAUCAAAUCUGAAUGGAAUGAAGAACUUGAAAAUCUUAUCCCUCGGCAGAAAUAACAUAAAGGGUCUUUCGGGAAUUGAAGCCGUCUCUGAUACUUUGGAGCAAUUGUGGAUCUCCUAUAAUUAUAUAGAUAAAUUGAAGAGUAUAGUACUGUUAAAGAAACUUAAAGUUCUUUAUAUGUCUUACAAUCUGAUCAAAGAGUGGACAGAAAUAACGAGAAUAAAUGAAUGUCCGCAACUGAUUGAGGUAGUUUUUAUAGGGAACCCAAUUUGGGAGAAGCACAACGCAGAUGGGGAUUGGUCCACAUUGGCCAUGAAAAGAUUGCCCAACAUCAGGAAGCUCGAUGGAUGGCCUUGCAUUAGAGAAGAAAAUUUGGGUCGAUAUUUUGCCAAAUAA